AUGUCGUCCCGAAAGCCAGCCGAUGUGGCGUCCAAGGAGCGCAACGAAUACAUUCCGUCCUUCAUCUCGAAAAAGCCCUUCUAUGUCGACGACGAAUCCAACGACGAUUACCUUGAACAUCAGCGUCUACAAAAGAAAGCGCAAGAUCAGUCAAAAUGGUACGACCGAGGAAAGCGCGCCGGACCAGCUGCGACCAAAUAUCGCAAAGGUGCAUGCGAAAACUGCGGCUCAAUGACACACAAGACAAAGGAGUGUCUCAGCCGACCGAGGAAACAGGGUGCCAAGUGGACCGGCAAGGAUAUCCAGGCGGAUGAGGUCAUUCAGAAGGUGGAUAUGGGUUGGGACGCGAAGAGAGACCGCUGGAACGGCUACGAUGCCAGUGAAUAUCGCCAGGUCGUUGACGAAUACGAAGAGCUUGAGUCAAUGAAGCGAGCGGCAAAAGAGGGAGCCGAUCUUCAGAAAUUGCAAGACGGGGACGACGGGGACGACGCGCAAGAUGAGGAUAUUCGCUACGCCGAAGAAUCCGACAUGGGCAGACAACAGAGCACUGCUACGCGCAACCUCCGCAUCCGAGAAGACACCGCUAAAUAUCUUCUGAACCUGGAUCUUGAUUCCGCCAAAUAUGAUCCGAAGACUCGUCGAAUGGUGGACAUGGGUGCUCAAGAGGAUCAGGCUUCUGCGCUGGUUGCAGAGGAAAACUUUGUUCGCGCUUCUGGCGAUGCUGCCGAAUUUGAAAAGGCUCAGCGCUAUGCUUGGGAUGCGCAAGAAGCAGGCAGGGCGCAGAUCCACUUGCAAGCAAACCCAACAUCUGGAGAAUUCCUCCGGAAGAAAGAGAAGGAGGAAUCUGAGGCUAAACGCCAAGCCCAGCGCAAGGCCCUCCUGGACAAAUACGGAGGCAACGACCAUCUAGGCGCCACCCCACUGCGUGACACGAUGGUUGUCGAGAAUGAGCGCUUCGUGGAAUACGAUGAGUCGGGUGCCAUCAAGGGCGCCCCCAAGAAGGCCACGAAAUCGAAGUACCCUGAAGACAUUAUGGUCAAUAAUCAUACGUCGGUUUGGGGCAGUUGGUGGUAUGAAUUCAAGUGGGGCUAUGCUUGCUGUUUCUCGACCGUAAAGAACAGCUAUUGCACGGGCGAAGAUGGCAAGGAAGCCUUCCGGCAAGAAGGCAACAUGUUGCUGCUAGCAGAGACAGAUGGCGAUGCCGCCGGCGAUGCUUUAGAACCCUUAAAUGUUACCCGCGAGUCCGAGCGGGAUGAGGUCCAAGAAUCGACGGCGAAUAACAGCAAAAAGCGGACUUUGGAGGAGAUCAAGUCCGGCAUCACAGAGGAAGAGCUCGAGUCAUACAAGCGAAGCAGGCUGGCUGCCGAGGACCCGAUGGCAAAUUUUAUCGGAAAGGAUAUUGAUUAG